UUCGUUUGAUCGUCGGUUGUAAAAUCAAGUUGGUGACAAAUGGCAGACAUCCCGCCCGGAAAUGUUGAGAAGGGAAAGAAGCUCUUUAUUCAGAGGUGUGCUCAGUGCCAUGUUGUAGAAGCGGGUGGCAAGCACAAAACCGGGCCAUGUCUUAAUGGUAUUUUCGGACGAAAAACGGGACAGGCUGGUGGAUUUAAUUACACAGAUGCAAACAAAAAUAAAGGUAUUGUUUGGAAUAAGGACACGUUGUGGAUUUACCUGCAGAAUCCCAAGAAGUACAUCCCUGGAACAAAGAUGAUCUUCGCCGGCAUAAAGAAGCCACAGGAGAGAGCCGAUUUGAUUGCGUAUUUAGAAGAAGCAACAUGA